UGAGCAUCCAACUUUAACCUGCCAUGGAGGCCGCAGCCUGUAAUGGAUCAGGGGACUCCCAGACCAUCUUCUACCUUAUGGGCAUCCCCUCCCUGCAACAAUCCCUCUUCCUUCCUAUCUUCUUCACCUUCCUCCUCCUCUACCUGCUCAUCCUGGUGGGUAACACCCUGAUCCUGGUGGCUGUGGUGGCAGAGCCCAGCCUCCACAAGCCCAUGUACUUCUUCCUCAUCAAUCUUUCAGCCCUGGAUAUCCUUUUCACCACAACCACUGUCCCCAAAUUGCUGUCCUUGCUCCUGCUUGGGGACCACUUCCUCAGUCUCCCUGCCUGCUUUCUGCAGAUGUACCUGUUCCACAGCUUCUCCUGCUCAGAAGCCUUCAUCCUGGUGGUCAUGGCCUAUGACCGCUAUGUGGCUAUCUGUCGCCCUCUGCACUGCUCUGUCCACAUGACCCCACAGACCAAUGCUGCACUGGCAGCCAGUGCCUGGAUCACCGCCCUCAUCCUGCCUAUCCCAGCAGUGGUACAGACCUCCCAGAUGGCAUUUGAAAGCAUUACCUACAUCUACCACUGUUUCUGUGACCACCUGGCUGUGGUCCAGGCCUCCUGUUCAGACACCAGCCCCCAGACUCUCAUGGGCUUCUGCAUCGCCAUGGUGGUGUCCUUCCUCCCCCUCCUCCUGGUGCUUCUCUCCUAUGCUCACAUCCUGGCCUCGGUGCUUCGCAUCAGAUCCAGAGAAGGGCGUUCCAAAGCCUUCUCCACCUGCAGCUCCCACCUGUUGGUGGUGGGCACCUACUACUCAUCCAUUGCUAUAUCUUAUGUGGCCUACAGGGCUAACCUUCCCCUUGACUUCCACAUUUUGGGCAAUGUGGUGUAUGCUAUUCUCACACCUGUUCUCAAUCCACUCAUCUACACCCUGAGGAACAAGGAUGUCAAGGCAGCCAUCACUAAAAUGACAAGUCACCAAGAGCCAAAGAGUACUAGGAAACCCUGA